AUGGGUCUUCACGAGGACGAAGAUCGUCAGUACGCUGCGGAAGUUCAGGCUGUCCAGAAUUGGUGGAAGGAUGACCGAUGGCGCUUCACCAAGCGGCCCUUUACUGCUGAGCAGAUUGUGGCAAAGCGCGGAAACUUGAAGAUUGAAUACCCAUCUAAUGUGCAAGCUAAGAAGCUGUGGAGCACGCUCGAAAAUAACUGGAAGAACAAGCAGGCUAGCUACACCUAUGGCUGUCUUGAGCCGACUAUGAUCACUCAAAUGUGCAAGUUCCUUGACACUAUCUAUGUCUCUGGCUGGCAAAGUUCCUCAACAGCCUCGUCGACAGAUGAGCCUUCUCCCGAUCUGGCAGAUUACCCAAUGGACACUGUUCCCCGCAAAGUCAACCAAUUGUUCAUGGCACAGCUGUUCCACGACCGCAAACAGCGCGAGGAGCGCCUCACAACCCCCAAAGAAGAGCGCUCCAAGGUGGCAAAUGUGGACUACCUCCGUCCUAUCAUUGCCGAUGCCGAUACUGGUCACGGUGGUCUGACUGCCGUCAUGAAGUUGACCAAGCUGUUUGUUGAGCGCGGUGCCGCUGGUAUUCACAUUGAGGACCAGGCUCCUGGUACCAAGAAGUGUGGCCACAUGGCCGGUAAGGUGCUGGUCCCUAUUAGCGAGCACAUCAACCGCCUCGUCGCCAUCCGUGCCCAGGCCGAUAUCAUGGGCUCCGAUCUUUUGGCCAUUGCCCGCACUGACUCCGAAGCCGCCACCCUUAUCACCUCUACCAUCGACCACCGUGACCACGCCUUCAUUCUUGGCGCCACCAACCCCAACCUCCAAGCCCUGAAUGACCUGAUGGUCGCCGCCGAGCAGUCCGGUAAGAACGGAGCUGCUCUUCAAGCCAUCGAGGACCAAUGGACCGCACAGGCCGGUCUCAAGCUCUUCAACGACGCCGUCGUCGACACCAUCAAGGCUAGCCCCAAUGGCAACAAGCAGGCCCUCAUCGAGCAGUACCUCCAGGCCGCCAAGGGCAAGAGCAACAGCGAAGCCCGCGCCAUUGCCAAGAGCAUCACCGGUGUCGACGUCUACUUCAACUGGGAGGCGCCCCGUACCCGUGAGGGAUACUACCGCUACCAGGGAGGUACCCAGUGUGCGGUCAACCGCGCUGUGGCGUAUGCUCCAUUCGCGGACCUGAUCUGGAUGGAGAGCAAGCUUCCGGACUACAACCAGGCUAAGGAGUUCGCCGAUGGCGUGCAUGCCGUCUGGCCCGAGCAGAAGCUCGCCUAUAAUCUCUCGCCUUCGUUCAACUGGAAGAAGGCCAUGCCCCGCGAUGAGCAAGAGACCUACAUUAAGCGUCUCGGUGCCCUGGGUUACUCGUGGCAGUUCAUCACCCUCGCUGGUCUGCACACGACUGCGCUUAUCUCGCACCAGUUUGCCAAGGCGUAUGCGCAAAAUGGUAUGCGCGCCUAUGGUGAGCUGGUUCAGGAGCCCGAGAUGGAGGAGGGCGUGGACGUUGUUACCCACCAGAAGUGGAGCGGUGCCAACUAUGUGGAUAACCUCUUGAAGAUGGUUUCCGGUGGCGUAAGUAGCACCGCCGCUAUGGGUAAGGGUGUCACGGAGGACCAGUUCAAGAACUAG